CCUCGAGCAUUACUCCUAUGAUGGUCAGAGGGAUUUGAGUUAGUAAGGGGUAAAAUUAUUGAAAUGGUGAGGGCUAAAGAACUCUGUGAAAUUAUUCCUGGCUGCUAUUACGGAGUAAAGGGAAAUCAAAGACUGACUAAGCCAACCAUCAAAAGCAGCGACCCAAAACACCAAACACAAACCCAAAGAACCAAGAAACCAAAAACUAUUCGGUCGCAAGGCUUGUGUCUGUGCUCGUGAUAUGAGUCGGAAAGAGGGUUUCGUUGUCUUUGUCAUCUCCUUCGGCGUCGGGUAACCCUCCCUUGACAAUCCCGAGGCAACCAAAGGAGAGAUUCGAGGGUUGAGGUCCGACAGCGGCGCUCAGGCAAAGUCGGGCAAUCUCUACUGUACAACUGCCGCGAACGACCACGGAACCGAGUCGGGACUUUGCCAUGGUCACGUCGGAACCAACCCUUUCAAAGGGUGGAUCAGAUGUGAUGCCCCCCCUGGCACUUGUUGGAUCCGGACCCUCGAGUCGGCUUCAUACGACGACUUGGGACCCUCCAGGAACACCAACAAAAGAACAGGGAGACUCGUUGACGACGGACGAGACGCCAUGGGCCCCGAAUUUUCGGCACCCAUCGGGAGAAACAUCCACAAGGACAGUAACAACGACUCGAGUAUCGAUGUCACGACUUAUGGGUUUGGAUGGAUGGAAUCCGUUACGAAGGAGUCGAGGCCGCAGCGCAGUGUUUGGGUGCUGCGCGCACACUCGAGACAAGUCGCAGCACCAGUCACAUGAUCAAGAUCCUGACAGCCUCGACACCAGAAUUACACACGUGAUCUUGGAGUCGUUUUGCAGAGUUAACUCGGAACACUUGCCCUGACCCUGUGAACAGGAAUUAUUGGGUGACUAAGCCAUCAAGCUGCCAAGUACCUCCGUACGAAGUCAUCAUUUGUAUGCCAAGAUCCUGAUCAUGUGACCAGUGCUGACUGCUCGCCGCACUGGCCUCGACACCAUCCAUAGACCCUCCUUCGUUCUGAAAUUCUUUGGUCGUGUUUCAAACGCACAGUCAUGACAUUACAUUCAAAACACCUUUUGGGAACGAGUUACAAGUACAAAAGUAUAAAUACAUUCCAAAGAUAUGACCUUUCGGAAGAACUUGUACAUACGGACUCGGACACAUGGAAAUCGUAGACCUCACCGGACACUUUGUUGCUGUACGUGUCCAUCGACCCCUCGUUGGAUGCCGACGAUGAUCACGACUGCCACUCCAACACCUCUUCGAUGCACCUGUGCAGGGCCAUGGUUGACCCUUUCUCGAGCCAACUCGGCGGCGUCGGAGAAAAGAAUGGCGACGUCGACAUUCUCUCGAGCAACACCAACGCCGCCAGGCACCUGUCCACGGAUUCCGUGACGCUGUCGGACAACGGCAUGAACCUCACCGUGCUGGCCAGCAGUCCGGAGAUGAGCCCGAGCCACGUCGAGACCGCGACCUGGUGGGCGCUCGACGUGCGCGACAUGAUCCUCACGAUCGACUGCGAGGUGAACAAGAGGUCCUCCAGCGGGCUCCUGGAGAACCUGAAGCCCCUUUUUUCAAACCUCGACACCAACAGUCUCUCGAGGGAUUCCGUCGUCAACGAUGUCCAAGGUGGUGGGCGUUCGCCUCUUUCCUCCUCCUCCUCCUCCCCGUCUUCGUCUUCCUCCUCCUCUUGGUCUCCCUUUUCAUCUUCAUCUCCCUCCCUAUCUUCGUCUUUCUCCUCAUCUUCGUCUUCCUCCUCCUCCUCCUCCUCCUUAUCUCCCUCCUCAUCUUCCUCCUCGUCUUCGUCUCCCUCAUCGUCCUCAUCUUCAUUCUCCUCCUCUUCCUCUCCUCUCUCUUCCUCCUCUCCCUCUCCCUCUUCCUCGUCAUUCUCACGUAGUGAACUCUCGUAAUCCUCCUCCUCCUCAUCCUCCGACACGUCCCAACCCCCGGAUGGGGCCCAAUUUUCCUCCCCGGGGAUGUGCUCCUCCGGAAACGCGAUGGGGUCGAACCUCACCGUCAUUCUGUUCGCGUUCGCCGUCAUCGCAAACGGUAUGCCCGGGGGGGCCAAAAAACACGGCAGCAAGGGCGUCGUCCAAUGGUGCGGGUAAUCCCGACAGAAUCUCAGACAAGGUGUAGAAGCCACCUCGUUGGCCAAGGCUCGGAGUUGAAUUUGCCGCUCGGGAUCGGCCUGUCCCCUGCUGGCAUUUCUGGUGAAGAGCAGUACACCGCUCGGGGCUAAAAAAGGGACACGGUCAGUAAACCAGGUUCCUGUGAUGUCGCGGGGUUGUCUUGUCAAACCGAGUGAGAGAGGGGGAAAAGAGGGAUAAGAUGUGGAAAGGGUAGGUCCUCGUACAUAGUAAGUCUUCGUGAAAGCCCGCGUAGCCCUCCCAACCCGGUACGCGGAGCAUGUCGUCGGUGAACUGUGACUGCCUCCUGAUCCCGAGGUUGGUGAGGACGGCGACGUCGGCGAUCGUCACGUCGAAGAUGUCCGGGUAUGCCCGUCGGUCACUCCAUUCCGGACCGUUGAUGUCGACGACAUUGUAGAAGACGUAUCGACAGGGCAUCUUGAUUGUUGUCGUUUUGUGGGGGAAGUGGGUGUGAAUGAAGAGUGGUGAAGAAGGGGAAGAUGUUGGGGAGAAGAAGGUGUUGAGAUGAUGGUGGGAAGAGGGACUCUUUUUAUGUUUGUUGAGGCGAGUGAGUUGAUCUGGUACUCCCCACACAGAGGUUGGGUUUCUGAGAGUAUAUGCUCCGCGUUGGUCGGUCAAAACAAAGUGUCAAAACAAGGAGGGUCAUGAAGGAUCGAGAAAACAGAGGGUGGCUUGCUGUACGUUUCACAUUCGCACAGUAGUCGAAAUGUCAAAGUCCCUGCAUGCCCCAAAGCCCUCACAGCUCAUCUCAUCGAGGCAUGUUGGUCUCAACUUCGGAUCCUUCUCUCGGACAGGGGUGCCGACGUGACAAGGGUCAAGGUAGAUCCAGAGAUCCAGAGUUGUUGUGGUGGAACCAUCCCGUCGACGACGACGCGCCAGGCAGGAGGGUGGCGUUCGGACGCUUCGUCGGAACUUUACAGGGCAGACGUUAGCGGUAUUGCUGCCCCAGAAGUGACAGUAAUAGGCCGUAUUGUAAUGACAUCUACAGAAGGGGGGUUUUCUUACGGGCCAGAACUUGUUACAUUGCUUACCCGGGAGUUAGACCUGUUGACGCCCCCGAAACGAAGGCAACAAGCUCCGCUGUAAGGCAUAUUCUUACAGGUUAGACUUUGUUACAUUUGGGUCUGCUGAUGGAGAGUGCCUUCAAAACCACCAACCAGCCAUCACGUGUACCGAGUUGUCAAGACUCUGAUCAUGUGACUAGUGUUUAGCUCUCAUCAGCAGUCAGUAGGCGUCUCAGGUGGCCACCAAGUCACAACUAUUGCAGCCAAAGUACUUCCCUCUGCCAUCAAUAGCAAGUGUAGUAGCGCUCGGCGCCACGUGACCUCAUGUGAUCCUCUGG